GGGUGGGCGGCGGAGCGGCGGGGCCGGCGACCAUUUAAAGCGAUAGCGAUCGGCGCCCGAGCCCAGUGCCCGGCCGGCGCCGCGCGAGCCACCAGCCCGCCGCCAGCCGGGGACCCCGCGCGGCGCGCCGGCCGCGCCAGCCCCAGAGCGCCCGGCGCCGCGGGACGCCCCCCCCCCCUCUUCCCCGUCCUCCCUCCGCAUCCCUCCCCGGCAGCCCCCCGCAGCCGGCCGGCCCCCCGGGACGCCGCGGGCACCCCCCACCGCCGCCGCCGCCGGGGCAGCAUGGUCCAGCUGGGGCAGCUGCUCCGCGCCCUGACUUUGAUGAAGUUCCCCUGCUGCGUGCUGGAGGUGCUGCUGUGCGCGCUGGCGGCGGCGGCGCGCGGCCAGGAGAUGUACGCCCCGCACUCGAUCCGGAUCGAGGGGGACGUCACCCUCGGGGGGCUGUUCCCCGUGCACGCCAAGGGUCCCAGCGGAGUGCCGUGCGGCGACAUCAAGCGGGAGAACGGGAUCCACAGGCUGGAGGCGAUGCUCUACGCGCUGGACCAGAUCAACAGCGAUCCCAACCUGCUGCCCAACGUGACGCUGGGCGCGCGGAUCCUGGACACUUGUUCCAGGGACACUUACGCGCUCGAGCAGUCGCUCACUUUCGUGCAGGCGCUCAUCCAGAAGGACACCUCCGACGUGCGCUGCACCAACGGCGAGCCGCCCGUGUUCGUCAAGCCCGAGAAAGUGGUGGGAGUGAUCGGGGCUUCGGGCAGCUCCGUGUCCAUCAUGGUAGCCAACAUCCUGAGGCUCUUCCAGAUCCCCCAGAUCAGCUACGCUUCCACGGCGCCCGAGCUCAGUGACGACCGGCGCUACGACUUCUUCUCCCGCGUGGUCCCACCCGACUCCUUCCAAGCCCAGGCCAUGGUGGACAUUGUCAAGGCCCUCGGCUGGAACUACGUGUCUACGCUGGCGUCUGAAGGAAGUUAUGGAGAGAAAGGUGUGGAGUCCUUCACUCAGAUUUCCAAAGAGGCAGGUGGGCUCUGCAUUGCCCAGUCCGUGAGAAUCCCCCAAGAGCGCAAAGACAGGACCACUGACUUUGAUAGAAUUAUCAAACAGCUCCUGGACACUCCCAACUCCAGGGCCGUCGUGAUCUUUGCCAACGAUGAGGACAUAAAGCAGAUUCUCGCCGCAGCCAAAAGAGCCGACCAAGUGGGCCAUUUCCUCUGGGUGGGAUCUGACAGCUGGGGGUCCAAAGUGAACCCACUGCACCAGAACGAAGACAUCGCCGAAGGAGCCAUCACCAUCCAGCCCAAGCGAGCCACCGUGGAAGGGUUCGACGCCUACUUUACAUCCCGUACACUUGAAAACAACAGGAGGAACGUCUGGUUCGCUGAAUAUUGGGAGGAAAACUUCAACUGCAAGCUGACGAUUAGUGGGUCAAAGAAAGAAGACACCGAUCGCAAAUGCACAGGACAGGAGAGAAUCGGGAAAGAUUCCAACUACGAGCAGGAGGGUAAAGUCCAGUUUGUGAUUGACGCGGUCUACGCCAUGGCUCACGCCCUGCACCACAUGAACAAGGACCUGUGUGCUGACUACCGAGGUGUCUGCCCAGAGAUGGAGCACGCAGGGGGCAAGAAGCUGUUGAAGUACAUCCGCAACGUUAAUUUCAAUGGCAGUGCGGGGACCCCCGUGAUGUUCAACAAGAAUGGGGACGCCCCAGGUCGCUACGACAUCUUUCAGUACCAGACAACAAACACCAGCAACCCCGGCUACCGUCUGAUCGGACAGUGGACAGACGAGCUCCAGCUCAACAUCGAGGACAUGCAGUGGGGCAGAGGCGUGCGGGAGAUCCCCGCGUCGGUGUGCACGCUGCCCUGCAAGCCGGGCCAGAGGAAGAAGACGCAGAAGAGCGCGCCCUGCUGCUGGUCCUGUGAGCCCUGCGAGGGCUACCAGUACCAGCUGGACGAGAUGACCUGCCAGCACUGCCCCUACGACCAGCGGCCCAACGAGAACCGGACGGGCUGCCAGGACAUCCCCAUCAUCAAGCUGGAGUGGCACUCGCCCUGGGCCGUCAUCCCCGUCUUCCUGGCCAUGCUGGGCAUCAUCGCCACCAUCUUCGUCAUGGCCACUUUCAUCCGCUACAACGACACGCCCAUCGUGCGCGCCUCGGGCCGCGAGCUGAGCUACGUGCUCCUGACGGGCAUCUUCCUCUGCUACAUCAUCACCUUCCUGAUGAUCGCCAAGCCCGACGUGGCCGUGUGCUCCUUCCGCCGGGUGUUCCUGGGCCUGGGCAUGUGCAUCAGUUACGCCGCCCUCUUGACCAAAACCAACCGGAUCUACCGCAUCUUCGAGCAGGGCAAGAAAUCGGUGACGGCCCCCAGACUCAUCAGCCCCACGUCCCAGCUGGCCAUCACCUCCAGCUUAAUAUCCGUCCAGCUUUUAGGCGUGUUCAUUUGGUUCGGCGUCGACCCACCCAACAUCAUCAUAGACUAUGAUGAGCAUAAGACCAUGAACCCAGAGCUGGCCAGGGGGGUUCUCAAAUGUGACAUCACAGAUCUGCAAAUCAUCUGUUCCCUGGGCUAUAGCAUUCUGCUCAUGGUCACAUGCACUGUGUACGCCAUCAAGACCCGGGGUGUCCCAGAGAAUUUUAACGAAGCCAAACCCAUUGGAUUCACUAUGUACACCACGUGUAUAGUGUGGCUUGCCUUCAUCCCCAUUUUUUUUGGCACUGCUCAGUCUGCAGAAAAGCUCUACAUACAAACUACCACGCUUACAAUCUCCAUGAACCUAAGUGCGUCCGUGGCCCUGGGGAUGCUUUACAUGCCGAAAGUGUACAUCAUCAUUUUCCACCCUGAGCUCAAUGUCCAGAAACGGAAGCGGAGCUUCAAGGCGGUGGUCACAGCGGCCACCAUGUCCUCGCGGCUGUCACACAAACCCAGUGACAGGCCCAACGGUGAGGCCAAGACAGAACUGUGUGAAAACGUAGACCCAAACAACUGUAUACCACCCGUAAGAAAGAGUGUACAAAAGUCUGUUACUUGGUACACUAUCCCACCAACAGUAUAGCUUUUGCCUGCUUUCCCAAAAGGUCCUGCAGCAAAGAAGAAGUACGUGAGUUACAAUAACCUGGUUAUCUAACCUGGUCCGUUCCACGGAGCCCGGAGCAGGCAGAGCCUCCUUUCCUGCGUCACCCACCUGACACAGGACACUGGGGGUCCUGUCUGCUGCCCACCCACCAGGGGCGGUUCCCCGGCCGGGAGACCAGUGUUAGAGCACCCAAGGGUCCUGCAGCUGCUCUCCGAAAUAGUCUCACUUGCUCUCGGCUUACUGAGUCACUGGCAUCAGCGCUGCCACCUCGGCUGCCAUUCUGGUCCUUCCCUCCCCAGGGGAGACUCGAGACUCCAGCGCCCCCCCCCUCCAGCUCUUUGGAAGGCAGCGCGGGGGGCCGCCACGGCCAUCCCUGGGGCUGAUCUGUCGUUCCGUGUCUGUACUUCCAGGCGGCAAGGUUUCAAAGUGUUCUGUACAGUUCGUGAGGACUUUUGCACUUGGCCAUCAUGUUGUACCUCGGUUCACUGUUUUGUUUUCGAAUGCCCCAUUUCCAUAGAGCCUGGUUCUCACCGGCGGCCAAAUACUGGGGGAGAUCUGAGAGUAACGGUUCACAGAGAUGGCGCAGACCCAAGUAACCACCUCUGAGUUCAGGACUGUCUGCUUCAGAUGAAAGCGCUGCUGCACAUCAUAUUCUUCUUCUUCUUCUUCAUUUUUUUAAGACACAAAAAGAUGUUUAAAGACCAAAAACUGUGCUGAGGAAGUCGCCCCCCCUCCCAUCCCACUUUCUGGUUGCUCGAAGGUCCGAAAUGGGCGGAAUCGAAUCGAGGGCUUGGGCUUGGACAUAUUCAAUGCAUGCCGGUAAUGUAUUUCACAGUGCACUGAUCACUUCCGUUCGAUAUUCGUAUUUGUGUUCUCUUUCGUUAUUUUAAUUAGGGUAUAUGGAUAUUUUGCAAUAAUUUUAAGAAUUAUUAAGCUAUUUGAAGAAAAGAAUAUGGAUUUUUUUCAUGUCUUGAGGUUCUGUUCAUGUGCCCUCCCCCCCCACGACUGACCAGUGUGAUGAGGACUUUAAAAAAAAAGGAAAAAAAAUAAGCAUGUAUGUUUUUUACUGUUUGUAAUAAGUACUUUCCUUAAUCUUGCUGCUUCCGUGCCAAUUUAGUGGGAAGACAACCCUUGCUGAAAAAGCCCCUUUCCAUUCUCUUUCAACUCUGUGAUAUUGUCCACGAAUGUAUCAAUAAAAUACUUUGGUUAACUUUUUUA